AUGUUUCAAGAUGGAAGACAGUAUAUGGUAGUAGAUAUUGGAGGAGAAACGCUAGAUGUCACAGUUAUUAAGAAAGGCCUCAGACGAAAUAUUACAGAGCAGCAUAAGGUUUGUGUUGUUGGUCUUGGUGGUAACAGUAUACACGAAGCACUUGACAAUGUAUUGACAGACAUCGUUGGAAAUGAAGCAUAUCACAGGUUCCAAACUGAAGAAUAUAGCAGAGAUGGUUAUAGGCGUUUGCACAAAACCUUCAAUGAAAAACUGAAACACGAAGCUACAGAUUCUAGCAGGGUAAUCGCAGUCCCAUUAUCUGAACUAUUUUUGCUUGACCACGUAUCAGCGGAUAAUUUUAAGACUGCCCUUGGUAUAUCUGCUUAUGCUGGUGAGAUUAGUGUUGUUCAUGGUAGGCUGAGAUUGUCUGCUGCACUUUGGAAAGGUCUUGUAGCAGAAUACUGUCUGACGUUAGUCAAGCAACUAAACGAUGUGUUUGAGAAGUACUCAUGUGACAAACACAUGUGUUUAUUGCUCGUUGGAGGAUAUGCCGGUUUUAAAAUACUCCAAGAAGCUGUGAUAAAAGAAUUUAGUAACUUUGACAUUUUCAUACCGUUCGAACCUAAAUUUGCUACUAUCGGUGGUUCUGUAAUGCUGGGACAUAUCCCUCCAUUAACGAUAGAUCGUGUUUUAAACGGAAGUGACACCAUAGUGAUAAGAGAAGAUGAUCAGUCGAAAGCAAGUGAUUGUGAAAUAGAUGACCAAGCAGUCGCAAGUGAUUUUGUGCAAAGCGUAUCCGAGAUUUCAAUUUCGAGCGACUUUAUAGAAGACGAAACAAUAGCAAGACCAUCGAAAAUUCAGACAGGACUGAAAUCUUUGUCACAGAGGUUGCAGGGAAAGCCACAAGAAAUAUCAGUCAGAAGAAAUUAUAUUACUGCUGAUGUUAUCACAGCUUACGGAGACAUAGAUGUGUCGAAACCAUUGAAGGCGUGUUUUGCUGACGAAGAUGACAGGGAUAUGACAAAAGAAAUGUUCGGGCUGUUCUGGGAAAAGAUUUGUAGUGUAUGGUUUCGAGGAGAAAAUGCUGCUAUCCCGCUUAUACCCGUUGAAAAAAGAGCAGAAGCCAGACGUGUAUUUCCUAUUCUUGGUAAAAUUCUUGAGCAUACGCUGUGUAUACUUGGGCACUUUCCUCUCCAGGUAUGCCGUAGUCUUAUCUUAGCUAUUGCUCAUCCCGACCAAGAUGUUGAUGCUGAUUUAGUAUUGGGCGAUUACUUACUCUUCGUCCCGGAAAGAGAAAGUACGCUUUUGUCGCAGAGUUUGAAGGAUCUUGAUUGGUCAGAAAACAGAAUGAAACGCCUCACCAGAUUUUUUAGUGUGAACAAGAUCUCCAUGCACCCGACACCAAAGUCUUUUAGAAAAGACCUUCUAAACAUUGCAUAUACAGAAAUCAUCGACUCGUCACAUGUGUAUGUUGCAUUGAUGAGACGAGGCAUUUCUGAUUUUGCUUUAGAACACUUCUUUGAUGUUCUUGACACUGACGGUAUAAGAGUAGAGUAUGAUAUGUCUCAACCUACAACUGAAAGAGUUGUUCAAAUGAUUGAAGAUAUGUUUGACAGAGCUGACUUUAGUAGAGAAGAGAAAAUCAUCACCAAUUAUCUCAGCAACAUUAUCAGUGAUAUGAGCAAGAAACAACUACGACAGUUUCUGAUCUGGCUCACAGGAUCACCUUGUAUGCCGAAGAAAAUCAACAUCACUUUUAACACAUCUGAAGGCAGGUCAAAGCUUCCUGUAGCAGAUACUAGACGUCACAUGCUCAAACUCUCUAGAGAGUAUAGUUCGUAUCAAGAUUUUGAGCGUGUUUUGAUGGAUGUUGUGUCAAAUGAAUUUUUAACUGUUACACCAAAUUAA